GCAGUCGACUAGUUUGCCAGACUCCGAUGCACACAGUUCUUUACUUGAUCAACGACAUGCUGUCGACAACACUCGUGAAUGGAGUGACCGUUGGCAGAGCCAAGGGGGCGACCGGCCCGCCCAAUCAUGGGGAAAUGGUUGGGAUAAAGCUGGUCGCUGGGAGAAAGGCUACCAGCACGGCGACCACGAUCGACGCGGCAGCUGGGAAUCUUCUACCGCUGAAGAGUCUUAUCGCGGUGGACACUGGAGACCAGACGAUCCCUGGAGCGACGGCAGGGACCCCUGGUCGCAGAGCGACCACCACGAUGGGUGGCGACGACUUCAUGGCGACCGAGGUUGGCGUGGACCGCAUCAACCUCCCGCGGCGGAUGGUCGAGCUAGCGGAACUCAAGGUGGCGAUCCUGGAGACCAUCAUCGCGGACGAUGGAGCAAUGGAGUGGACGAAACAGGACAGGCCUGGAGCGGCGAGCACUCCUCUUCCCGGCCGGGCUACGAACGGUACCGGAAGGGCCUCUGAGAAGCUGGCGAUCCCAAGCUUCGCCGGCGAGGACUCCGAGGACCUGGGGGGCUCCACCCGGAGCUAUCUCAGGCAGAUCGAGGCCUGGCGGAGAAUGACGUACCUGCCAGAGAGCCAGCAGGGACUCGUGCUCUAUCAGAACCUGACGGGCAAGGCUUGGGUUGCAGCUGAGGAGCUUUCGGUUAGCCGAUUGGGUUCCAGUGGUGGUGUGGAGUACUUCGUGGCAUGGCUGAAUGCAAGGUUUCUGGAUCUUGAGGUUGCACGAAUCGGGAGAGCAUUCAGUGACUUCUUCAGAAAGCUUAGACGGCGCAAUGGACAAAGCAUCCGGGAGUACAACAGCGAGUAUGACAGGCUACACGCUCGUCUUCGAGAAGUCGGAUGCUGCUUGCCGCAAGAGUGCGCUGCAUGGCUAUAUGUAGACCGACUACAACUAGACGAACCACAAGAGCUUAACCUACUUGCCAGUGUCGGGAACCAGUACAACCUCCUCAAGCUUCAACAAGCUGCUGUGCUACAUGAUAGGAGCCACAGAAAACCAUGGGAAUCCAAAGCAAAGCGGCCCUACACAGCCCACCUCACCGAAGACGCGGACGGCGAUGAUGCUGGCGAGGACCGCGAUGACGCCUUCGAGCACUCCGAGGGCGAGGAGGGCAUUCCAGAGGAGGUGGCGGUUGCGUACGCCACCUACCAGAGCGCGAAAGACAAGUAUCGCGAGCAGGCGAAAGCUCGCGGUUACCAUGGAGAUCGCGGAGGACCGAAUGCCGGCAGAGACAAGGGCCCUGGGAACGGCGCGAGUACUUCGCGCGACGACAAGAUCAAGCUGAUGAAGGCGAGAUCGUACUGCAUGAGCUGCGGCAAGAAGGGUCAUUGGCACAAAGACCCAGAGUGCCCCAACCGAGGAGCCAAGGAGGUCGAGAUGUGCCAUCACGUGCCCUCCGAGGUCUAUGCGCUCAGGCACGACGGGCCCAUCCUUGUCGGUAUCACGGACACUGCUUGCGCUAAGUCGGUCGCAGGCACGACUUGGCUCCAGAGCUACAGCGACCUUGUGAAGGACUCGCUGGGGAAACCUGAGUUUGUGAGGGAAUCCGAGGCGUUCAAGUUUGGCACGGGCAAGGUGCAUCACUCUGCCUUCUACGUCCUCGUGAAGUUCAAGCUCGGGGAUAAGGUGGUUGAAAUGAAGACGUCAAUCAUCAAUGGCGACAUCCCGCUCCUUUUGUCGAAGGGGGCACUGGCCCAGCUUGGGAUGGUGUAUGAUGUUGCCGCCAACCGUGCCAGCUUCAACAAGGUUGGAUUGGCGAACUUCGAUCUG